ACACACACUCCCCUCCACUCAGCAAACAGGCGCCAGCGUGCACCCGGCAGGGAGAGAAGCCUUCUGAGGUGUGUGGGGGACAAACCGGUGGGAGCUGCAGAGCCUCAGGCCCAGGUGCAGCGCAGCGGCUAAGGGGCGAGCGAACAGGUUCACCCUUCGCCUCGAGUCCAUCUGCACCGACCGUCCCAGCGACUGGGAGAGCAUGGCAGCACCGUGGAUUGCACUGCAGAGGCUCCUGCUGGGCGCAGCCUUGCUGCAGCUGGAAGGGUCAAAGUCCCAUUCUGAGGAGUUCCCGCCCUACAUCAUUGAUCACCCAACAGACUUGGUGGUUCGUUGGGACCAGCCUGCCACCCUGAACUGCCGCGUGGCAGGGAGCCCGGCACCCACUAUUGAGUGGUACCGCAAUGGGGAGUAUGUGGAAACGAGCAAAGACAACGUUUAUUCCCAGCGCACCCUUCUGCCCGAUGGGUCGCUCUUCUUCCUCCGCCUCAACCAGCGGAAGGGCCAGUCCGACGAAGGGGUGUACACCUGUGUAGCCACGAACCACCUGGGCACAGCCAGCAGCAAGAACGCAUCCCUGUACAUUGCCGCGCUGCGGGAAGAUUUCCGGCUGCAGCCCAGCAACCUGCUGGUGACGGUGGGGGAGCAGGUGCUGUUAGAGUGUGCGCCCCCGAGGGGGCAUCCCGAGCCCACCAUCUCCUGGAAGAAGGACGGGGUCCCCAUAAGCCAGAAGGCUGGCCAUUACGAGGUCUCCAGCGGGAAGCUCCUGAUGGUGCACGCCCAGAGGAGUGAUGCGGGGCUGUAUGUGUGUGUGGCUUCCAACCAGGCAGGCCAACGAGAGAGCAAAGCUGCCCUGGUGUCUGUCCUGGAAAAGCCAACGUUCACUCGCAGACCCAGUGAUACUGUGGCCAAAUUUGGCAGCACCGUCCAGCUGGGGUGUGGUGUUGAGGGGGACCCACUGCCCAAAGUAUGGUGGCACAAGGAGCACGGAGAGCUGCCCUGGGGCAGGCACGAGGUGGACGAGGAGAACACCUUGCGGAUUCAUUAUGUGACGACGUUUGACUCCGGCAGGUACAUCUGCACGGCCCAGAACCAGGUGGGCACCGCCUCGGCCAAGGCCUCGCUCACUGUGCAGGACCCCCUGGACACUGGCCAGAGGGAGUGGCCGAAGGACGUCCCGCGGGAGAUGAUGGACGUCCAGCUGUACCUGGACAACAGCACCACGCUCCCCUCCUCAUCCGCCGUCUACCUGCACUGGAAGGUGAUCCGCCCGUCCCAGCACACUGAGGGUCAUGCUGUGCUGUACCGCUCCCUGCUGCCGGUCAGCACGGACUGGGUUGAAUGGAAGGUGCCCAGGGAGCACAGCAUCAUCAUCCCAGCCCUCAAGAGAGGCUACAAGUAUGAGUUCAAGGUUCGGCCCUAUGCCGGGAAGGUCCAUGGCCCAGACAGCAACAUCAGGCACCUCUGGAUCCCGGAGGAAGUGCCUAGCGCAGCUCCUCAGCACGUCACCAUCACGGCAGUGGAGGAUGGGAAUGGCACAGCGCUCAUCAGCUGGGACCCCCCUCCCCACCACGCACACAACGGCAUCAUCCGGGGCUACAAGGUCUGGUACCUGGGCAAUGAAACUCACCAUCGCUCUAACAGGACCGUGGAUGGAGGGACACACAGUCUGGAAACAGUCUUGCUGCCGGCUGGGGUUAAAUACUGUAUCCAGGUGGCAGCCUUCAAUGGAGCUGGGCUCGGGGCAGCCAGCAAUGCCACAUGCAGCAGCGUAGAGCCCUUGGUGGGAAAGAUGGCCAGGACCCCGGCGGUGCUCUCCGUCAGCCACAUCCUGGCAGUGAUUCGCCAGCCUGUCUUCAUCGCUAGUGUGGGCUCGCUGCUCUGGCUCGUGCUGAUGGUGCUGGCUGUCUACCUGUGCCAGCACCACGCCAGGCAUUACAGCCGAGAACAGCAGCAUGCCCUGGGCAAAGGUCUGUGCCGAUACGCCAGUGAAGACACCAUCGUCAAGCACAGGAUGGACGUGAGUGACUCCCCGUGGCUGGCUGACAGAUGGAAAGCCACCUCCUGCCCCAAGACCUUCAGCAGCAGCAGCAGCAGCAGGUCUAGCAGCCAGCUCCUGUGGGCUGAGACCAAAGACAGCCUGGACUUCCACCGCUCCAAGCUGCAGCAGGCGCACAGCACCCCUGUGCUGUCACCCAGCCUCCCGGCAUACUCCACCAGCCCUAGCAGAGCGCCCAGCACCAGCAGCUCAGGAAAGCGUCACGCAGGCAAAGGAGAGGAUACCAAAGUGCUGAAAACCUUCAGCUCCCCCAAGCUGCUGCAGUCCAGAGGCUCACUGCACGGAACUGGCACAUUGCCCCCCCCUCCAGCUCCUCCCACUCCGCACGGCCCCCAGGGCCAGGGCAUGCAGCCAGAGCACCGGCAGGAGAGCGCCUUCUCCCCCCCGCACACCUACGGGUACAUCUGCGGCCCACUGCGCUCCGAGCUGGGGGCGGGGCCUGCCCCCGAAGAGGACGACGACCCCGACGCGGAGGGGGGCGGCUGUCAGUCCAUGCCCUUCUUGCGCCGGUACUGCCGGACGCCCUCGUCCAGCCGCAGCGAGGCGGAGGGCUCGCUGGGCGGCUCCCUGCUCAACGGCUGGGGCUCGGUCUCCGAGGAGAACUUCACCAGCACACGCUGCAGCCUGGUCAGCUCCUCCGACGGCUCCUUCCUCGUGGACGCCAACUUCGCGCAGGCCCUGGCCGUGGCCGUGGACAGCUUCUGCUUUGGGCUGAGCCCGAGCGAGGCCGAGCAGGCCUACCCAGACUUCUCGCCGCCCGCUUCCCCGCUGGAUGGGCUCCUUCCCCGUCCCGAGCGCUGGGAGGGCGCGGCGUGGGCUGGAGCGGAGCCCCUUCCCCUUCCCACCUGGGAGUGGAGCACCGGCUGGCUGGAGGACAUGGAGGCCAAGUACUCCCAGAGGCCCGAGGGGACACCUGCUGCUGAGAAGCCGGAGGGGAAGGCAGCACUGAACGGGACCCGGCCCCUCGCUGGGCCAAACGGUGCCUGGAUGGCGGAGUCCAGCAGCCCCACUGCGGGGACGAUGGGGGAGUGCCAGGCCCCCUGCCCUGCUGCCCACAGUCCCAUGCCAAACAGCUCUGCCAUUCCCAGGAGGGGCGAGAAGACCAGGGUCGUGCUGCAGCCGCUGGACGCGGGGGCGACAGGAGUCCAGGCGUAGAAAGCCGAGCACGUUCUGUGCCAGGCGGGCGCAACGUCUGUAAUGCCCAAAGCCCAGAGAGACUCUCGGGGCACCGUGGGCCUGGGGGCGAGCGCUUGGCUACUACCGUGCCCACCCCCAGUGCCUGCUAGACACGUCUGGCCCCUGGUCAUUGGCAACAGAAUCCCUGAAGAAAGACUUUUGACGCUUCCCCCAACGUGGGCUGCGAUCCCAUGCGGGAGGGAUUCCCCAGGCUGCCCCACACGCUGAGGGGGAGCAUUCAGCAUGAGAGACGGGAAGGGCCAGGCAGAUGGGGCAGCGCAGAGGCCUCGCCGAGCUCCACACCAGCCGCGUGCAGGAGAGGAGCCCCACGCAACAUGGCCUGGCCACGGGGCUUGGCGCAGGCGUCUCUAGCCAGCAAACGUUGCCUCCUUUUCUCUUGAGUGCCCGGUCCCUGGCAGGACUCCACCCACUGCCCCACUCACAGGCUGGCGCUCCAUGUGGGGGCCAAGCCCGGAUUCCUGCUAUUGGCUUCAGGGCCGAUCUCUGCUCUGUGACGCUGUCUGGGGCACCCGCCUUCGUGGGCUUUUCCCGGGUCAUACGGGGAACCCCCGGGUUUGGAGGCCCCUGCAGCUGCUGUCAGUUGCCAGAGGCCUGCAUUUGCUGCCCAGGUUGGAGCUGGGAGCCCGGCGGCCCUGCCCACCCAGCUGGGUUCACCACACUCGAAGCUGGGGGUUGGUUGGCAAUUGCCUGUUCCGGUUUGGUCAGCUCUGCAGGGGCGCUAGCCUGGGGGCGUUUAAUAUUUCCUUUCAUGGCUGUUGUGAGACGUUUUCCUAACCUGCCUGAUUUCCCAGUGCUGUGGCCUUAUUCCUGUAA